AGCAGAUGAACUUGAUUGGUUUGGAGUAUUCAUUUAAGUACUUGCGAGACAGUAAAUGCAAAGUGAUCAGUCUUACAGAGAUCUAUGUAUUACGUGUGAUAACCAAGAAACAGCAGUACCAGACACAUUCUUCAGGCUCCAAGUCCAAGCUCCGUCUGUGGUACUGAAAAGUCAUCAGCUGUUCUAGGGCUUUGAAAUCCUGUGUCUUCAAAACUAACAUGGCAGUAAUUCGGUUGACUAUAUUGGCACUGCUAGUCAAUGGCCUGCUAGUCAAUGGCCUGAAUGGUUUAAACAGCACAAACAAUAAUUCAACAGAAGAAUUAGAUACAACUUUGACUGCAUCAUCAAGUACCCCAAUGCCUCUGACAUCUUCGACAACCAUGAAUAUGCUGAAUACAAGUGAACAGACAAAUGAUCUUCCCAACACAACUUCCGAUUUGACAACUACGUUUUCCAACACCUCACAAACUGUAUCAAAUUAUUCGUUGGAGCCAUCUGUUUCAAGUUCGGCCUCUCCAUCAACUUCGCCUGUGACAAAAGUUGAUAGCAAUACUAAGUCACUGAUUUCAACAACAGUGAGGAAGUCAACCAGAAACAAAAGUAGAAAAGGCCAUGGCACCAACUUAAAUGCAAGCAUGAUCAUCGCUUGCAUCAUUGGAGGGCUAUUGCUGUUUAUGGUAGUCGCCAUAAUUGUGAUCCUCCUGGUGAAAAGAUACUCGAGAAAGUAUAAUGUGCAGGACACGCCAUGGGCAGGAACUUGCCCAGGUGUCAUCAGUAAUGACCCCGAACAUCCAGAUGAAGGCUGUGAUGCUCCAGCAAAACGCCCCUCGCUCACCAGCUUCCUCUCGAAAAAGGGAAAACGUGAUUCCUUACUGGAUAACUACAGCAUGGAGUUGCAGGCGACUGAAGGGGUCAAUAACUUGGCUUCAACUGAGUCAGAAGAAAAGGCACUGUCUGCUGACGUCAAAGGGGAUAAUGAAAUAGUAAAAGAACCGCCAGCUUUAACUAAAACAACUAGUCAAGAGUUCCCACCACUGCUCGAGGAACAUGAUAUUCCGGAUGAAGCUGACGCGCAGCCUCCACUGCCUGCAACAGAUACAGAGACUUCAAAGUUACCAGAAGGUCUCACUGAUGCAGAUUCAAAAUAUUUUGAUAUGCCCCCUCCGCCAAUGGAUAUUGUGGAUCUUGUGAAUAAUUCUGAUUUGCCUCCGCCUCUCUAAUGGGAGGUUUGAAAAGAUCAAGUGUUUGCUUCAAAUCACACGAGUGGAAAGCAAGGUUCUCCGAAGUGGGCCCAGAGUCACUUUCUUCUGAAGCAAGUCCGUUUGUGCAUCAGCAGAUGCGCACUGUAUUUUAAAAUUAGAUGUGGUAAAAUUAUCCAUUAUACCUAAAGCGCAAAACAUUGCAUCUUCCUAAUAUGCAAGUUAGAUGUGGGUUCAUGAAUACAAAUGCAAAAUUUCCUCAGCGUUGCGAUCUUGUUGCUGCACUUCUGCUUUUGUUAAAAGUGUGGACAGAUUUCAUAGUUCAAAAAAUAUAUAUUUUCAGAUAUUGAAGUCUGUAUUUCACUCUCUUUUUUUUCACUCCCAUCUUCCUGAACAAAGGGAAAUUAAUUAACAAAGAAGAAUUUUAGCACGCUCCUCUUUUGGAUUACCUGGCCAUCAAACCAUUUUUCAGCAAUCAUUCAACAUUGAGUGAUGAGGAAGUCAACUAUGAACAAACACAAGCACCACUAUUGUCUCAAAUGGAGAGCAAGAAUGAUCAUCGCUUGCAUCAUUGAAAUUAAUACUGCUGUAAUAAUGCUACUGUAAAUGCAGCAUUCUCUCUAUACCGAUGGAAAAACAAUUUUAAAGCUAAAAAUGAAAAAUGAAACACCACUAACAAUUAAGCAUUCUUAAGUGGUUAUUCAGGGUACUGUCCAUUUCACCUCUACCCCCAUUGUGGACAAUGGACUUAGUCCAUGGAACUGAUGCGCCACAAUGCUGAGAACUAUAUUCUGCACUCUGUAUCUUCCCCUCUAUUGUUCUUGAGUUGACAUGAUUGUAAUUAUAUAUACUAUAUCCGAUCUGUUAUUAAUAGCAUGCAAAACAAAGCUUUUUACGUUACCUCUGUACACAUAACAAUAAUAGUAAGUCUAAACUCCAUUUUUUUUCCACCAGACGAAAUUCAAAUUCACAGGAAGGACAUACAAACUCUGUCAGGACUGAAUCACGGGCGCUGGUGCUGCAAGGCAGCAACUCUACCGCUGUGCCACCUGGUAGUGUUUGCUCCCCAUGUCCAGCUCUGUUCACCUGGAGAUACAUCUGACUUCAGCUCACAACUGUGUACAUGUUGUUGGUAUGCCAAACUCUAAUGAUGGUCAUGUGGAGGAAUGAGGAACAUUUAUAGUUGAAAAAUCUGGUAAUGUAAUCAUGAUUACAUUCCAGAUAACCUCUGGCUGCUCAUUAUGCAUAUGUCAACACUUUUGGGGAGAGCAAGGUUUAGCAGUAAAACCUAUGUGAAAGUGCUCUGUUGUUUCAUCUUUAGGCACUUGGGAUUAAUUGAUCAAAAUAUG